AUGGUGGAUACAUUGGGUCAGACGGCCGAUGGCUAUAGCCAUGAUAACUUGCGCCAUGUGGUUAUUACUUCGACUUGCUUUGCUUUCAUCUUGUCGACGACUGCUGUUGGCUUCCGGAUUGUCUCGCGCGCAAUCAAUGGAAGUGGUCUUUUCCUGGAUGAUUGGCUUAUUAUAUCAGCCUUGAUCUUUGAAUAUGGUAUAUCGAUAGCGGGAGUUGUGUUGCUAUACAAUGGACUCGGAACCCAUAUCAUCGAAGUCAGCCCCGAACAGAUCGUUAUCUACCUCAAGACACUGUUCACAGGAUCGAUUCUCUAUACCUGCUGCAUUGCAUCCAUCAAGCUAUCUAUUUUGAUGCUGUACCGAAGAAUCUUCCCCAUCAAGGCUAUGAAAUACUCCGUCAAUGUUGUAUCAAUGAUUGUGAUCUUGUGGGCUGCGUGUGGCAUUGUCGCCGGUUGCUUUACCUGCAUCCCAACCGAAAAGCUCUGGCACCCCGAGCUACCAGGUGGCUGUAUGAACCUAUCAAAGUUCUACUAUGGCCUUCAGAUCCCCAACAUCUUGACUGACGCAAUCAUUCUCCUGAUGCCGAUUCACAUCGUGUGGAGUCUUCCCAUCUCCAAAGCUCAGAAGCUGGGUCUUUCCGGGAUCUUCGUUCUGGGAUUCUUGACUCUCAUCUUCGACAUCAUCCGUCUCGUUGUCCUCAUUGAGCUUUCCCAAAUGGGCGCUGACAUUACCUAUAACCAAGUCCCCGCAAGCGUGUGGACAUGCAUCGAGCCCGCUGUCGGAAUCGUCGCAGCUUGUCUAGCGAACAUGCGACCCCUAUUCAAGGUCUUGCACACCAAGGUCUGGUCUAGAAUAUCUGGCCGAUCUGGCACCAACGGCAGUAACAGCAACCGCAACAACGCAAACAGAAGCAGCCAGUCACAGAUUGCAGAGAAGAGUGGCUGGCCACGAAACUCACCUAGCCCUACUGGCGAUGAGAGUCAUUCUACCGACUCCAGCAGUGAUUUGGGCCAGUCACCGAUGCAUAACCAGUCUGCUGUUUGA